UCAACACGUGUGGUUCUGACGUUCGCGGAUGUCAAACAGUUUUGGUGUGCUUCGCGUUACUAAACCCAGAAACAUCGUUUUAAUAAUUCAAAAUGAGUGUCGGUAUCAAGAGAUCUCACAACAAGGAAUCGGUGAAUGAUGAAAUAAAGCCGAAAAAAGUAAAGUCAAGUGAAAAGACUAAACUUACAACGAAGAAACCGUCCCCACCCGGUGCAAUUCGUAAACCUGGUGGAGGAAAGAAGGUUCCCGGUAAAUUUAGCAAACCAACAGGUCCAAAGAAAUUUGGGGAUAAGAAUGAAAAACUGGAAAGCAAUGAGAAAACAGAUUGGAAUAAACUGAAAAAGGAAAAGAAGGAACUGAAAUUGAAAAGGAAAAAGGCGAAAGAUACGUACGAGGUAGCGGCUGAAGUCAAGCAAAUUUAUGAGAAACUGAAAUGUAAAGCAACACCAAAUAAAAAAGAAUUGGUGGAAGAGCUAUUCAAAAUAUUGAUGAAAAGUGACUGCGUAAAGAAGUUUGUGAUGGCGCACGAUACAGCUAGGAUUAUCCAAUGUUUGUUGAAAAAUGCAUCGCCAGAAUUGAGGACUAAAAUUUCAGAGGAGUUGCUUCCAAUUAUAGUUGAAAUGAGUCUCUCGAAAUACGCCCACUUCUGUGUCCUUCGGAUGGUCAAAUACGGCAGCCAUGUGAUAAGGGAAAAAAUAAUCCAAGCUAUGUACGGCAACAUUGUUAAAUUAGCGACACACUCAAUAUCAAAUGGAAUUAUUGACGUGAUUUACUUAACAUGGGCUUCAAAUAAGCAGAAGGCAUACAUGCGGCAGGAAUUUUAUGGCGGUGUAUACAAGACGUCUAAAGAUGAUUCGGUCAAAAAGUUGACCGAUACAUACGCGAAUGCUCCAACAAUGAAAAGUGCGGUCCUAAGUGCACUUAAAUUAAAUUUAGAACAUGCAGCGAAUAAGAAAUUAGUUGACAAUUGCUUGGUACAUCAUGUUUUACUAGAAUAUUUGGAAGAGUGUUCUGAGGAGCAGCGAGGAGAAAUGGUUACAUUGUUCUCGCCCCUCAUUCCAUCAAUCAUCACGACUCGUGAAGGUUGCAGAGCAGCCAUUUUGUGUUUCUGGCACUCACCAACAAAGGAAAGACGUGGAAUCGUGAAAGGACUACGAGAACAUUUGACAAAAAUUACUAGUCACGAACAAGGACAUGUUCUAAUUCUCGCUAUAGCAAACACAAUGGAUGACACAAAAGCUAUCAAGAAGAGCAUAUUUGAUCACCUCUAUGAAGACUUGGAAUCGAUAGUGGACACGCAAUGGGGUCGCAAGGUGAUUGAAUGGUUCGUCCAACCUGCCGAUAAGGAAUGCUUCCAUCCGCAGUUGAUAAGCUUUUUAGAGGAGGGGCUACAGUACGGUAAAAAAGAUAAAGACAUUCGCAGGAAAGAAAUCCUGGAACAAAUUCAAGAACCACUUGCCCAGAAAAUAUGCGAAAACCCUAGUUUUUGGAUAAAGAAUGGACACCUAGGGCUGACAACUGCCAUCAUUUUGAAAAACUUGGAUGAAAAUAAUUUUAACAAAGCAGCGUCUGCGCUUGCCGGAGUUGUAUGUGAACCAGAUUGGUCAGUCAAUGUUAAAGACGAAGAGGAAGAUGAUGUUGAGAAAAAUGACAAAUUAGAUGAAAAAACCAAGGCAAAAAUCCGAUUAUUUACAAAAGGUGAAGAGGCUGCCAAAACAGCCGAAAAAAUGCUAGGAAUAGAGCAUCCAGGUCUUCACAUUGCACUGAAGAAAAUCAUCAAGAACGACAAAGAAAGAAGUGCCAAUAGCGAGCCAACAUUCGGAAGUCAAGUAGUAAAGGGGCUGUCGGAAGAAGCGCUUUCUGUUUGGGUUGAACUCAACCGAGCUUGUUUUAUCCUGCUAAAUAUUUACGAAAACUGUGAAGAUAAAACUGUACAAAGUGAUCUGAAAGAGCUUCUGUCCACACACCUGUCCACACUGAAAAAACAAAAGCAUACAGGAGCAAAACUUUUAAUCGAUAAAUUAGGCUUAAAAAAGUAGUUUGUUUUCAAGUUACAGUAUGUUGUAAUUU